UCGUUAGUAUGCUGGCUAAUGAUAUUUUAAUGUAAUAGUAUUUGAACUUAUAGUACGUAAAAUCGACAGCACAACGUUCAAAAUCCAGUUGAGCAGUAAAAAUGUCAUUUGGCUUUCCCAAUGAGGAGGAUGAUGACUUCGGAGCGCUAUCGAACAAAUCGAAUUUAGCCUCUAUUUUCCAUGAGUUGGAUGUCCAACAAUCAAGUUCAAAAUCAUUGGUGUACACAGCACCCAAACAGCCACCAAGUAAACCUCUUUUGUGCAGCAUGUCACAGCCUGUUGUUGUCGCAGCUGCUGUCAUGUGUUACAAAUUAAACAAUGAAAAAUAUGAGCCACUUCCUGGAAAAAUAGGAAUGGCGUUGUUGGGUGAGAAUGAAAGCAAAACUUACCAAGUGAUCCUCUAUCAAGAUAAACAAAGACCUUUAACAAGUGCCAGGAUCACAUCAGACUUUAUGAUUAUUAGCCAACCAAAUAAUUUUUGCACAUUCAAUGAUGAUCACAGACAAAACUGGGCAGUUUUAUUUGAUACAAAAGAAGUUGCACAGAAGUUUCUGGGAGAGAUAGACCACAUAAAAAAAAUGUUGGCUGAACACACAAAAAAUCUGGUGACUGAAUGUGUCAUUGCAACUGAUAAAAUAGAUGGAUCGGCAUCAAGCCCUGUCGAAAAUCGAAUGCCUGGCCAAGACGGAUCGAAUAAGACUAAACUUAUGUCUCGAAUGGCCAAACUUGGCCAGCCUAUUCUUCCCCUAAAUGGAGCGAUCGUGGCGGAUGAUAGUGAUCACGAACAAGUAAUACAGUCAUCGCCGGAGCCAGAACCACAUAAAGAACGAAGUAAAGCUGGGAAACCACCCCGACCUGUACCUACUCCCAGAAUAGUUGCUCAGUCUGAUCGCUCUGAUUUCAAUAGUAGCUUUACUUCUGUGCUCGUUCCAUCGCAUCAGCCUUCUGCAGGACAACAUCCAUAUCCUGUAAUGCAGUUCCUCCCACCUGCUUUUGCUGGAGCAGUGGGCGGUAAUAGCCAGCAUUUUGAUACGUUGAUGUCGGAAAACAGGAUGCAUAGUAGUGAAGUGCGUAUGCAUCUUUGUCGUUUGACAGAUAAAAUUGAUCUUUUAGUACAAAAGACUGGCGGAUGCGAUUCCUAUCAGAAAGAUCGCUAUAAACCUUCGGAACAACCACAUUGGGAUGCAUUGACGACUGGUUUGCAGAAGCUUCAGGCUCAGUCAAACGAACACUCCAACAUGCUAAAUCUUAUACUAGGCGAGAUAUCCGCCUCAGGCACGAGAGGCAAGAAUUCCGCUAACCCGCUAGAGUCGCUUGAUCAUUUACUUGCCAGUGAACGGCAGGCGUGGGCUGCAAACCAGAAGGAGCUUGAAGGUACCAUCCAACGUCUAAAAGAAGAGAACAAUCGGUUGCUUCAGCAAAUUGAGGAGAAAUCUGAACGGGAAAAAGAGAUUGACAUUCGAAUACAGCAACUCCAAGACGAGAAUGCCCGUUUUAAAGAGGAUCUCAAGUUAAUCACCCAUAGUCAAAAUGAUGAAACUCUAGAUCAGUUGCGAAAAGAAAACACUCAAUUGGCUGCUUUGUUAGAUGCAUCCUUAGUAAAGGAGAAAAAACUCGCAAGCCAACAUGACCAGAUGCAAGAAAAGUUAGACUCUUACGAAUCAAAAUCAACCAAAGUUGAAAGCCUUCUUUUGGAAUCUGAGCGGCUUGCAGAAAAAAAAGAACAACGAAUCUCUCAACUUCAAGAACAUAUUAAAAAAUUGGAAAAACAGUCCUCAGACGCCAGGAGCGUUGUUGAGGAUCUCCAGUCCAAACUCAAAGAUGCUGAAAAGGAAAUUCAGAACAAAUAUUAUUCAGAUCAAGAGCAGGGAUCAUUGGAAGAACAAGUUAAAGUUAUUAUGAACAAGGUGUACAAGGAAAUUACAAAAAAAUUCAUUCCUGGGGAGAGCUACGCAUUCCAUUCUAUUAAAUCGACUGUUUCAACCGUCAUACGAGAUUUUACUUUGGCGGUUUUGAGUGGAGAAUCAACUGCAAAACCGAUGCUUGAUUCGGAAAAGGUGGACGAGAAGGACAAUGAUUGCAUUACUCCUUUAGUGGAAGAAGUUUCCGUGGAAGCAGUGGACACGGCCAUUCAGGAAGAUAAUGGACCUAGUAUCGCAGAGGAAAAUGGGGACAGCGUUCAAGAAAAGAUUGUUCAUACACUUCAGCCUGAGAAUGAAAGCAGGGAACGUUCUGUUUCAUUCCUAGAAUCGCUACAUAGUUCCUUAGCAGCAGCUAGUCUGCAAAACGAACAUGAAACAGUGUGGAAGCCCGAUCCUCCCCCACCUCCCUUAUUCGACGACUUUGAUAAUGAGGACGAUUGGCUAGCUUGAUGGUGUAGUGUUGUUCAGAGAUUAUACUUACUAAGAA